AGUUCAAGACUAUCAAGAUGUGUUUGUAGGUCUAGGUUGUCUUCCUGGUAAACACCACAUCACAUUGAGAGAGGACGCACAUCCUGUUCAGCAUGCAUGUCGCAAAGUUCCAUUUCCACUUCAAGAUAAACUCAAAGACGAGUUAGAUAAGAUGGAACGAAUGGACGUAAUCACACGAGUUGAUGAGCCAACUGAUUGGGUUUCUUCUCUCGUGGUGGUGAUGAAAAAGAACGGUCAGCUCAGGGUCUGUCUAGAUCCAAGAGACCUGAACCGAGCAAUCAAAAGAGAACACUAUCAAUUGCCAUCAAGAGCUGAAAUAACUGCACAUUUUGCAGGAGCCAAAUACUUCAGCAAAUUAGAUGCAUCUAGUGGUUUUUGGCAGAUCCAACUAGAUGACGAAAGCUCCAAACUUUGUACGUUUAUCACGCCAUACGGAAGGUACAAGUUCUUGAGACUACCUUUUGGUAUUUGUAGUGCUCCGGAAGUCUAUCACAAGAUAGUGCACCAACUGUUUGCACACAUUCCGGGAGUUAACACAAUGAUGGAUGAUGUGAUUGUAUGGGGAACUACCCAACAGGAGCAUGAUGACAGAUUGAGAGAGGUUCUCAGCAUUGUGAGAAAAAUGAAUCUCAAGUUGAACAAAGACAAAUGCGAGUUCAAUGUCAAGAAGCUCACAUUCAUUGGUGACUUGAUCAGUGAUCAAGGAGUUCAACCUGAUCCAAAGAAAGUGUCUGCUAUCUUGAACAUUGAGAGACCGAAAUGUCGGAAAGAUGUCCAACGGUUCUUGGGUAUGAUCAAUUACCAAGGGAAGUUCAUUCCAGAUCUGUCGACCAAGUCAGCAGCGCUGAGACAUCUACUAGACAAAAAGAAUGUAUGGACAUGGGAUCAUGCACAAGAGGAUGCAUGGAAUCAGCUGAAACAAGCUCUGAUACAAGAGCCAGUCCUACAUUUCUAUGACAGCAAGAAACCAACCAAGCUGUCAGCAGACGCAUCAAAGGAUGGUAUUGGUGCAGUGCUACUACAGCAAUAUGAUCAAGAUUGGGUUCCGAUCGCAUAUGCAUCUAGAUCAAUGACUGAUGCAGAGACUAGAUAUGCACAGAUCGAGAAAGAAUUGCUGGCAAUCACAUACGCAUGUGAAAGGUUCCAUCAAUACAUCUAUGGACGACAAGUAGAAGUGGAGACUGAUCACAAGCCACUUAUUCCACUGUUUGUAAAGUCACUGGGUGACUGUCCCCUACGCAUUCAAAGGUUACUCAUCAGGGUACAGAGAUAUGAUCUCAAGGUCUUGUACACGCCUGGAAAGUACAUGUAUAAUGCUGAUACAUUGUCCAGAGCAGUAGAUCCAAAGGCUGAGUUGAAUGUUGAAACUGAGGAAGAUAUCAGAGUCUACGUAGAUGCUAUUGUCAAGAGCAUGCCAGUUACAUCGAAAAAACGAAAUCAGAUUGUCGAAGAGACAAAGAAAGAUGAUCAACUGCAAGAGCUGCUAGGCAUCAUCAGAGAUGGUUGGCCGGAAACGAAGCAGCAAUGUCCAGUUCGAGUCAGGGAAUACUGGAACAUCAGGAGUGAACUCUCUGAAGCAGAUGGCAUCAUCUUCAAAGGCAGCAAAAUAGUGGUUCCCACUACUAUGAGAAGGUUCAUGCUAAACAAAAUCCAUGAAGGACACUUAGGCAUCGAGAAGUGUAAGAAACGUGCUAGAGAAGUCAUCUAUUGGCCCAGAAUCAACACAGAUAUCACUGAAAUGGUCCAAAGUUGUACUUCAUGCCUAAUGUACAGACCAAAACAGCAAGCUGAAAGUCUACAUCCUCAUGACGUGCCGAACCGCCCGUGGGAAAAAGUUGCUGUUGAUUUGUUCACGCUGAACAAUAGAGAGUACAUGGUCAUCGUCGACUACUAUUCACAGUUCAUUGAAGUAUGUACUAUGACUUCUACUAGUAGCAAGGCCGUGAUCAACCACAUGAAAGCAGUAUUUGCUCGCCAUGGAACGCCAUGUGAACUGAUGUCGGAUAAUGGUCCUCAAUUUGCAAGCCAAGAGUUCCAGAGCUUUGCAAAAGAAUGGGAUUUUCACCAUACUACAUCGAGUCCAUAUUAUCCGCAAUCCAAUGGCCUCGCAGAGAAUGCUGUGAAGAUUGUCAAAAAACUCAUAUUGAAGUCACAGCACAGUGGACAGGAUAUCCACAGAGCUCUACAAGUCUAUCGCAGUUCACCACUAGCAUGCGGAAAGUCUCCGGCAGAACUCCUCUACAGUCGUCGACUUCGAUCGAAUCUCCCCAUGCUUGACAGUUUACUCGACAACCAACAGGUCAAUACUCGAUUGGUGAGGGGAAGAAAGGAGGAUCAUAAGGUGAAGCAAAAAGAGCGAUUCGACAAACAGGCUCGAGACUUGUCAAAGCUAAAGCCUGGAGAUCAUGUCAUACUCCAAGACAUGAAAACCAACACCUGGUCGAAACGUGGUAUUGUCAGGUCUGUCCAGGAUCGAAACAGAUCAUACCAGAUCGAAACAGAAACAGGAGAGAUACGUCGCAGAAACAGACGUCACCUCAGGCCAGUCCCACGUCAACAACAAGCCGAGUCUAUUCCACUACCAACACAGGAUGACUUUGAGCUAGAUGACACUGCAGAAGCUACAGAGCAACCAGCAUCUGAAGAAAGCUCAACUACGUCAUCAACCAGAACCAGAAGCGGACGAGUGAUUAAACCGCCAGAUCGCUUGAACUUGUAA